AUGAAGAAGACGGCACUGGCCCUGAGAACUCACUCAAAGAGGAAGUGUGGGGCAGUGAUGGCUCUCGAGCUGGAGGGACCCUGGUUUAAGAAGCACAAUGUACUUAAUAAUCUAAUAAAAUCCAUUAUUGCUACAGCUGUGGACAACAGAAAUAUCCACUUGUAUUUUCAAAAAGGGACUUGUUUAUAUCUGUCUUUCCUGGAGUUAGCAGGCCUUGUGCACGGUGCAUCAGCAGUGUUUGUGGUGAAAGAUGGCAAUGGGACAGCUUGUAUAAUGGCCAACUUCUCCGCCACCUUCUUGACCAGCUAUGAUACCCAGAGUGGUUCUAAGAAUGCGACCUUUGACCUGCCGUCUAAUGCAGAAGUGUUAAAUAGCAGCUCUUGUGGUAAAGAGAAUGCUUCUGAUCCCAGUCUUGUGAUUGCUUUUGGAAGAGGACAUACACUGACCCUCAACUUCGCAAGAAAUGCCACACGUUACAGGGUCCAGCUGAUGCGUUUUGUUUACAACUUGUCAGACGCACAGAUUUUCCCCAAUGCAAGCUCCAAGGACAUCAAGACUGUGGAAGCCAUAACUGACAUCAAGGCAGACAUAAAUAAAAAAUACAGGUGUGUAAGCAGCAACGAGAUCCACAUGAGUAACGUAACUGUCACGCUUCAUGAUGCCACCAUCCAGGCGUACCUUUCGAACAAUAGCUUCAGCAAGGAAGAGACGCGCUGUGAGCAAGACGAACCUUCCCCGACACCAGCGCCGACGGCGCCCCCCCACCCUUCGCCAUCGCCUGAGAGCCCCUCAGUGCGCAAGUACAACGUGAGCGGCACCAACGGGACCUGUCUGCUUGCCAGCAUGGGGCUGCAGCUGAACAUCACCUACGAGAGGAAGGACAACACGACUGUGAGAAGAGUAUUCAAUGUCAACCCAAAUAAGACCCAUGUCAGUGGGAGCUGCACCGCCCAGCUGGUGACCCUGGAGCUCCGGGGCGAGGAUAUCAUUCUCCUUUCCUUCAAGUUUGGAAUGAAUGCAACUUCUAGCCGGUUUUUCCUCCAAGAAAUCCAGUUGAAUAUGACUCUUCCUGACACCAGAGGGCCCACCUUCGAGGCUGCCAACAGUUCACUGAGGGCACUUCAGGCCACGGUCGGGAAUUCCUACAAGUGUAACGCUGAGGAGCGCCUGCGGGUCUCGGACGCCCUUUACGUCAACAUCUUCAAAGUGUGGGUCCAGGCUUUCCAGGUGGAAGGUGACAAGUUUGGGUCUGUGGAGGAAUGUCAGCUCGACGAGAACAACAUGCUGAUCCCCAUCGCCGUGGGCGGAGCCCUGGCAGGGCUGGUCCUCAUUGUCCUCAUCGCCUACCUCAUCGGCAGAAAGAGGAGCCAUGCCGGCUACCAGACGAUUUAGCACUGCAGCGCCACGCGGACCUGCAGCAGCUGCAGGGCCACCGUUCAUUUCUCUGAGCUUAGAUGGGUGUUGAGGGAGGCACACUUUGCUGCAAACUGAUUUUCAAAUCUGCUUUAUCAAAUGUGAAGUUCAUCUUGCGACAUUUACUAUGCACAAAAGAGUAACUAUUGAAAUGACGGUGUUAAUUUUGCUAACUGGGUUAAAUAUUUUGCUAACUGGUUAAACGUUAAUAUUUACCAAAGUAGAACUCUAAGAGGGGGUGGGUAAGAGUGCUUUUCUGGAGGGCACUGGCUCCAUGUAAUUUGGCUUUUUAAGAUUGUGGUGUUUGGUCUCUUCACUCUUGACUCAGAUUUAAGCCUUACAAAGGGAGAGUCUCUGGUCUUAACACGUACGGCUGGUGAAGGCUGGCUGUUAGGCUGACAUGCUUAAGAAAUUAGUAGAGAAAGUCGUAAAACAGAAGUACUCCAAAAGAUGAAAAUCUGGAAUGCUUAAGUUAAGCUUUAGAAGCCAGGACAGGCCCGGCCCCCAAGGGCUGUGCAGCUCAACCCUCGAGCAUCAAAGCUACUGGCGUCUGCCACUCAAGAGCUGGCGCUUUUUUAAAUAGAAAACUGGGUGUUAUUUUUAUUUACUUCUUUUGUCAAGUGAUCUUCAGUCUUCUGUGUGAGGUUCAGGUGACCCUGCGUCUGCACUUGUGGACAGUGAUGGGUCUCAUUCUCUGGUUUAUCCACUUGCAGCUCGGCGGGUUGGGCACUGAGGACCCUUCGUGUGCGCGAUGUCGUAACAGUGCUAAUAAAGCGUCUCUUUCUCU